AUGAACCUGUUCUGCUUCACGCUGGAGGGUUCCACAGAAAGCAUCUAUGAACCAGCAUACAGCCAAACCCUGAAGGAGGUCCUGCCCAAGUACCAGCGCAGUCCGGCUCUUCUGAGGCACAAAGCUGAGCUGGGGGGCUCAGAUCCAUCCAUCAGCUCUCCCUGGAGUCCAGUCUACCACACCUGCCACCAGCCCAGACACGAGCUGUGGGCCUGCGGCGGCACCUUGUCGCUGCCACGCACCACAGAGUGGGACCGUUUUGAGAGUCUGAUCCAGGAGCUGGACAGCAAGCAGCCGUCUCCGCCACAGAUGAUCCGCUCCAUCACCGACCUGCACCUCUCACAGAACCGGCAAAGGCAGGAGCAGAACGUCGAGCCGACCGGCCGGAGGCUGCAGAGGAGGGAGAUGGAGACCUCAUUACAGAGUGACAAGAAGCACGUCAAGGCCUCGCCGGAGGAAACGCUGACGGCCCUCGUCAAAGGAGACGUAAGGAAAGCUGACCACGGAGGGCCGCUGACUGAAGGACACAGGAGGUCCAGUAACUCUCUGGAAAGCCUCUACAGUCACAACAGUGGACAAAGCUCCUCAAGUGGAGUCACCAGUGGGUCGGACUGCUCCAGCUACAGAGACAGUCUGAGGCUGGACGAGGAUCUGUCGUACACGAGGCAGCUGUGUGGCAGAGCGAGGGUCCACACCGAGUAUGUGCCGAGUCCGUACGACACCGAGUCGCUCAAACUCAAGGUGGGAGAUGUAAUCGACAUCAUUGCCAAGCCCCCCAUGGGGAUAUGGACGGGAAUGCUGAAUGGAAGAGUAGGAAACUUCAAGUUCAUUUAUGUGGAUGUGCUGACAGAGGAGAGCUCCAAGGUGCACGAGGAAGUGAGACACAAAUCGACUGUUCAUGAAGUGCUACGGCGCCUCAGUUUGGAGGAGUAUUCCUCGUCUCUGCAGCUGAACGGUUACCAAACGGUGGACGACCUGAUGAGGCUGAGGGAGCAUCACCUGAUGGAGCUGAAUGUGACGGAUCCAGAGCACCGGCAGCGUCUGCUGGCCGCCGUCCACUCCCUGCAGCAACUGGCCUCUGACAGUCAGUUGGAGGAUGGAGCCGGUCGGGAGGCCGAGGCCUCCAGUGAGAGCAGGAAGGCCGAUGCGAGCAACUGCCCGAGAGACUCCGGCUGCCACAUGACGCCCGACAGCCCCGACAACAGCACGGAGGAGGAAGACCUUCAUUCAUAA